AUGGUUAUCGGAAAUACUCACUGGGACGAGGAGACCACAGGCACCGGCACCGGCAGCAGUCACCGUGGAGUGCCUUUCCAGGCAGUGCUUAGGCCGCAAGGGAGGAGGGUGACGGCGUAUCACGUGAGCGAGGUGCUCAAGGCUCUGUGUGACGCUGACGCGGGGCUGGCGUUGUUCCGGUGGGCCAAGGACGUGCAGGGAGUGACGCCCGACGCGCAUGUGUACUCGAGCCUCUUUGGGCUGCUGGGGCGAUUGAAGAACGCUGAGGGACUGGGAGGGUUGGAGGGGGAGAUGAGGGAGGACGGGUGCGGGGAGAACGUGAUCACGCUGCAGGCCCUUGCUGCUGCGUACUCGCGUGCGGGGAAAUCUGAGGAGGCGCUAGCGACACUGGAUGAGAUAGAGGAGAAGGAUGAUUCACUUAGCCCAUUCUCAUUCGGCGUGCGCGUGGAUGUGCUAUUCCGCAUGGGGCGCUACCGGGACGUGAUCAAGACGUUCCACAUGAUGCGCGCGGCAGGCUAUGCCCCCGACGCGUUCGUCUACAGCACCGUGCUCACGUGCUACGGCCGCCUGGGGAACAUCAUUGGCGCAGAGCUGGCGUUCAGAGAGAUGCUGUCCUAG